AUCGCGACUGAUAAGGAACUUGGGUUAGAAAAAGCAGAAAAGGCUGUAGAAGAAUCGUUUACAAAAAAAUUUUCUGAUCCCACGGAUCAGGAAAUGUUUCGUAGAAUGCAGCGUAUUUUUUUACAACUAACAACAAACAUUCCUAUCAAGCCGUUAGAUGAUCUCCUUAGUGAAGGAACUUUGACGGCCAACAUUAUCAGCCCUGUUUUGCGUUCUUUCUUCCAUGAUUCCAUGCUUCAUCCCACUAUAUGGCCGAAUACAGCAAGCAUGAGCGCUAAAGCUCGUAAGCUUGCUAAUAUGGAUCCGUCACGUGCCAAACAACCUGAUAUGAUUGGAAAUGUUACGAAUAAUAAUAAAUCGGUGUUUGAAGUGAUGUAUGGAGAAAAUACUGGCGAAGGAAAGAACAACAAUAUUAGAAAAAAUACCCUUGAUCUCAUCAGAAUAGGUAUCUUUAUGAAAGAUGCUCUAGACAAUAUUAUUAAGGAAACAGGAAGAAGUUUUGUAAUCUUUGGAUGGCGAACAAUUGUAACAGCAUGGACAGGCUACAUGAUGGUUUUGACUGCUCCGGGAAUUUAUAUCAUGUUUGAGGUUGGACAAGCUGAGCUUCCUAGUUCCUUUCGAACUUGUGGGCAGUUUAUUGAUAGUGUUGAUGAUUUGUUUAUAUUUGCGGAGAAAUAUAAACAAGAAGUACGAAAAAUUUACGAUUAUAUCAAUCAAGGAAAAGAAGGUAGUGUAAAACCUGCUAGUUGGUGCCGACCCACACUCGGAACACCACAGUUUCGGAAACUAAUAGAUAUUUAUAAAUGA